ACCAUCGCUGCCUGCACUCUUGCUCUGCACGCGCAUUCGCACGCGACCCCUUUUGCAACCACUCUACAGAACCAAGUCAGUCACGGCGUCAAGAUGGGUAUCAAGCACCUCUUCCAGCUCAUCGAGGAGCAUUCCCCGGAGGCUGUCAAGAAGGGCGAGAUCAAGAACCAGUUCGGUCGCAAAGUUGCCAUUGAUGCGUCGAUGAGUAUCUACAGCUUUCUCAUCGCCGUGCGCUCCGGCGGUGAGCAGCUCAUGAACGAGACGGGUGAGACCACAUCCCAUCUCAUGGGCCUCUUCUACCGUACACUGCGCAUGGUGGACAACGGCAUCAAGCCCCUCUACGUUUUCGAUGGCGCCCCACCAAAGCUCAAGUCGGGCGAGCUCGCGAAACGAUUUCAGCGCAAGACCGAAGCGCAGGCCGCCGCCGAGGAGGCCAAGGAGACGGGCACAGCAGAAGAUGUGGAGAAGUUCUCGCGACGGACGGUCAGGGUGACGAGGGAGCACAACGAGGAGUGCAGACGCUUGCUCACCCUCAUGGGCAUCCCGUUCAUUGUCGCGCCGACCGAGGCCGAGGCUCAGUGUGCGGUGCUUGCGCGGGGAGGCAAGGUGUAUGCUGCCGCGUCUGAGGACAUGGACACAUUGACCUUCAACACGCCCAUCUUGCUGCGCCACCUUACAUUCAGCGAGCAGCGCAAGGAGCCAAUUCUAGAGAUCCACCUGGACAAAGUGCUCGAGGGAUUGAGCAUGGAGCGAGAACAGUUCAUCGACCUCUGCAUCCUCCUCGGCUGCGACUACCUCGACCCCAUAAAAGGCAUCGGCCCCUCCACCGCCCUCAAACUCAUCCGCGAGCACACCAACCUCGAAGGCGUAGUCGCCCACAUGCGCGCCAACGAAAAGAAGUACGCCAUCCCCGAAGACUGGCCCUUUGCCGAUGCCCGCGCCCUCUUCCUCGAACCUGACGUGCGGCCCGCCGACGCUCCAGAAUGCGACUUCAAAUGGGAGGCACCAGACGUUGAGGGGCUAGUCAAGUUCCUCGUGGAGGAGAAGCACUUCAACGAGGACCGUGUCCGCAACGGCGCGGCGAAACUACAGAAGAACAUGAAGACGGCGCAGCAGAGUCGCCUCGAGGGGUUCUUCAAGCCCGUGGAGAAGUCGGCCGAUGAGAAGGCCAGCCUCAAGCGCAAGGCAGAGCAGAAGCUCGACGAGAAGAAGAAGAAACAAAAGCAGAAUGCAAAGGACAAGAAGCAGGCCAAGGCGAAGCCCAGGGGUUAGUCGAUGGGCGAGGUUGAGAAUUUGGGUUUGGCGCACUCUUUCACAUGGGAUGGUUUGCUAGGGGUUUCAACGGCGUUGCACACAUACCUGUGGUAACGGUCUACAUCUGAUACAUGGCGUCUUUUCACUUUGCUGUGUAAGUUUGCGGGGGUUUGUACUAGGAAGGAGUCUGUCUACGCGUAGAAGGUUACCUCCGAGAUAGUCAAACCCGCCGCCGCGGU